CUGCCUCCGCUGAUCUUUGGUCGCGCUGCAGCAGAGCAGCAGCAGCCGAGAGGGGAGACUGAGCUCAAGUUGGCAACUACUGUACACCGUCACGGAUGCUGAGGACUUUACUCAUGUUUCUACAUCGACAUCUUUCAGAAAAUGUAUUUUUAAGCAUAGUUUCUCCCGUGUCGUCUCUGAGGACGCUCCUUUUUAAAUAGCAUGUUUAUUUGCAAUCCCAUAUUCCGCGCGAGAAUUAACUUUAUUUAAGAAGCACCCCUCCUGCAGGCAUCCAGAGGUCCAGCCCCAUCCUCGUCCACUGGGGGUCUUUUUGUUGUGAUAGAGUUCAGUUCCACAAUAGAUUACCAUUCAUCACACACACCUUUGCUCAAGGACGGAGGGAGGAGGACAAUGGGGGCCCGUGGGGUUUCCCCCCAAGCCCUGCUGUGGCUCCACCUGUUCGGCUUGAUCUCUCUGGCGUCGCCCCUCAACCCGGACGACCCCAACGUGUGCAGCCACUGGGAGAGCUAUGCAGUGACGGUGCAGGAGUCCUACGCUCAUCCAUUCGACCAGGUCUACUACACCCGCUGCACCGACAUCCUCAACUGGUUCAAAUGCACCAGACACAGAAUCAGCUACAAGACGGCGUACAGAAGAGGCGUGAGGACGAUGUACAGGCGACGCUCUCAGUGCUGCCCCGGCUUCUAUGAAAGUGGAAACCUGUGUGUUCCGCUGUGUACUGAAGAGUGCGCCCACGGACGGUGUGUUUCUCCUGAUACCUGCCAGUGUGAGCCCGGCUGGGGGGGACUGGACUGCUCCAGUGGCUGUGAGAGCGAUUUCUGGGGCCCCCACUGCAGUAACCGCUGUCAGUGCCAGAACGGGGCCAAAUGUAACCCGAUAACUGGAGCCUGCGUCUGCACCGACGGCUUCCAGGGCUGGCGCUGCGAGGAGCCCUGCGACCCCAACCUCUACGGCAAGGACUGCCUGCUGGAGUGCCAGUGCCUCAACGGCGCCACCUGCCACCAUCAGACCGGCGAGUGCCUCUGUGCGCCCGGAUACACCGGCGCCUUCUGCGAGGAGCCUUGUCCUCCAGGUAAACACGGCUCUCUAUGUGAACAGCGCUGCCCCUGUCAGAAUGGAGGAACGUGCCAUCACGUCACCGGAGAGUGCUCCUGUCCCGCCGGCUGGGUGGGUCCGGUGUGCGCACAGCCGUGUUCCUUUGGAUCGUUCGGCAUUAAUUGCUCGCAGGAGUGCACGUGUCGCAACGGAGGCCUGUGUGACCACAUCAGCGGCCAGUGUCAGUGCAAUGCCGGCUACAUCGGGGAGAGAUGCCAGGAUGAAUGCCCAGUUGGCACCUACGGGCCGCAGUGUGCCCACAAGUGUGACUGUCAGAACGGAGCCAAGUGCUACCACAUCAACGGGGCCUGCCUGUGCAAUGAGGGCUUCAAGGGCCCCAGCUGCCAGGACCGCUUCUGUCCCGCCGGCCUGUACGGACUCAUCUGUGACCAAUACUGCCCCUGCAAAGCUGCAAACACACUCAGCUGCCACCCUCUGUCCGGAGAGUGCACCUGUGCAGCAGGAUGGGCCGGACUUUACUGCAACGAGACCUGUCCGGCAGGUUACUACGGCGGGGGCUGCAGAGAGCCGUGCGCCUGUGCCAACGGAGCCGACUGCGACGGCAUCACUGGAGCUUGUAUGUGUGCCCCGGGGUAUAUAGGGGACGACUGCUCCAUCAGCUGUCCUGCAGGCCUGUACGGGACCAACUGCACCUCGUCAUGCUCCUGCCACAACGAGAUCUCCUGCUCGUACAUCGACGGCUCCUGCAUCUGCAAAGAAGGUUGGCAGGGUGUGGACUGCUCCAUCCCUUGCUCCAGUGGUGCUUGGGGACUGAGCUGCAAUCAGACAUGUCAGUGUGCCAACGAGGCAGCCUGCGACCCCGCCAACGGGACCUGCACCUGCUCUCCGGGCUGGAGGGACGAGCUCUGCGACGUACCGUGUCAUGAGGGAUCAUACGGGCUGAACUGCAGAGAGAGAUGUGACUGUGUCAACGCUGACGGCUGUGAUCCAGUGACCGGCUUCUGUCGCUGUGUGGCAGGUUGGACCGGUGUCCAUUGCGACAGUGUGUGUGAGGAGGGACGCUGGGGACCCAACUGCUCCUACAGCUGCACCUGUGAGAACGGAGGCUCCUGCUCCCCAGAGGACGGCACCUGCGUGUGCGCUCCUGGUUACCGUGGCACCAACUGCAGACGAACGUGUUCGCCUGGUUUCUACGGCCAUCGCUGUAGCCAGUCGUGUCCUCAGUGUAUCUACAGUGACGGCGCAUGUCACCACAUCAGCGGACAUUGUGAAUGUCUCUCUGGCUUCUUCGGCUCCCUCUGUAAUCAAGUGUGUCCCAGUGGGAAGUAUGGUAAAGCCUGUGCUGAGGCGUGUUUGUGCACCAACAACGGCACUUGUAAUCCCAUCGACGGCUCCUGUCAGUGCUACCCCGGAUGGAUCGGCGCCGACUGCUCUAAACCAUGUCCUCAGGGCUCGUGGGGUCCAGACUGCAUCCACACAUGUAACUGUCACAACGGAGCUCAGUGCAGUGCCACAGACGGAGAGUGUAACUGCAGCCCUGGAUGGACGGGACUCUUCUGUACUCAGCGCUGUCCUACAGGUUUCUAUGGCUCUCAGUGUGCUGAAGUGUGCCGCUGUCAGAACGGGGCGGACUGCGACCAUGUCAGCGGACAGUGUUCCUGUAGGACGGGCUUCAUAGGGCAGAGCUGUGAGCUCAAGUGUCCUGCGGGGACGUUUGGCUACGGCUGCCAGCAGCUGUGUGAGUGUAUGAACAACGCCACCUGCGACUACGUAACGGGAACCUGCUACUGCAGUAUUGGCUUCAAAGGCAUCCGCUGUGACCAGGCGGCUCUUAUGAUGGAGGAACUGAACCCUUACACAAAAAUCAGCCCGGCUCUGGCAUCAGAGCGCCAAUCAGCCGGAGCCGUGCUGGGCAUCAUCUUCCUGCUGCUGCUCAUCAUGGCCAUGCUCGGCCUCGUGAUCUGGUUCCGCUAUCGGCAGAGAGAGAAAGGCCACCGCGUGCCGAGCGUCACCUACACGCCCGCCCUUCACAUCAACUCCACCGACUACUCACUCUCAGCAGGGCUGCAGUGCACAGGUCUGCUCUCCUCUCCAGAGUCCUCUCCCCGUAACAGCUCUGCAGGCGGCUGCUUCUCCAACCCCAGCUACCACACUCUGGGGCCCUGCACCUACGCCGCGCACUACGCCAAGCCCGACAAGAGACUCUCCACCAAGAUGAAGACAAAGAAGCGACACAGGAACAGUGCUCCAGAGUGGGGGGCCUACUGUAACCUCAGCGAGCUGGGUGUUUACUGCAUCGACCGGCGCUACAGCUACCACGUGGAGCCGCGCUACAGAGACUACAUGAAGGGCUCCUUGUCCAGCACCUGCUCCAUCAACAGUGAGAACCCGUACGCCACCAUCAACGAUGCGCCCGCCGCGUGCAAACACUCAGAGAGCAGCUACGUGGAGAUGAAAUCGCCGGCUCACCAUGAACACAUGACCCACUGCUGCUCCGCCGCCAUCAUCACCACGACAACCACCACGUCCGCACCCACCAAGAACGUCUACGACAUGGAACCAACCAUCAGUAUCGUGCAGGGAGCCGGCGGUGCGGUUCCCAUUUACCCUCAGAACCCGUACGACCUGCCCAGGAACAGCCACAUCCCCAGCCACUACGACCUGCUGCCUGUGCGCCCCAGCCCGUCCCACAGCCACAGCCUCACCCUUCACAGCCACAGCCCCCCGCUGCCCGGCAGCCCCACCAGCUCGCUGCUUUAGGACCCCCCCCCCCACCCCAGACUGGACUCUGGACCAGAGCUCCCAGUUCAUCCAGAACCAGGAAACUGUGAACUGGGACAUGAGAUGAUGUGUGUUUAGGAAAAGGGGGGAGACUUGCCUUCUUGCAGUGCUCCAACUGUUGCACAGCUGUUUGAUAUUUUAUCACUGUAUUGUAUCCAAACUGUUUUUGUGCCAAUCAAUACUACUUAUUUGUGUGUGUAUUUUAAAUUCCCACUCAUCAACAAAAUGUCAACAGAGGGAAUAUACACGUACAUAUGCACACAAGCAUACCUUUUUUUCUGGUACGCUGAUCUCUUGAUACGUCAGAAGAUGGAAAGUCGAGGAUGAUCGCAAACAGAAAACAACAUGACUGAGUUACUUGUAAAUGUUUCUGGCUGGACUGUUGUACUGAAAAGUGAAUGUGCGUGCCAAAGACUGGACUGAGGCCCACGUCACAACCUGGACUGAGUGGAUCUACCGAACCUGUACAAUGAAGAAGCAUCAUACGGGCAUUAUUCCUCCCAGUGCUUACACACCUGUACAGUAUGGACAAGUCUGGAGAAAAGGUGCUCAUUACCACUUACUGUAUAUUCUCCCAAAAAAGGGACUUACAAGUAUGCGACGAAAUUAACACAAACUGCAGUCUGGUCAGAUCUAUACUCCCUGUAUAAUUCUGGUAUUUUUACACAUUGUUUCUUAUUUCCUGUUUACAUAUUUAAAGAUCCCGUCGAGGAUCCAUAUUUUCUCUCUGAAAAGUUAUCUUUUUGUAUGUGCUGUAGACAGAGUGGUGUAUUGGCUGUACACUUACUGUACACUAGUGAUUAUUAUUGUGAGUUUCUUUUGUUGUGUCAAGCUUAAUACAGAUGCAUGCCAAAGAUUAUUCGAGAUUUAAUAUUUAGCCAGGAAUACCCAUAUUAUGUCUUUUGGUGCAAACUGAUUGUUGUCAUCUGACUGUCUCAACAUGGGAACAACUGAAACAUUAUUUUUGGGAAAAUGCACUGCAGGGCUGCAACUAACGGUUAUUUUAAUUACAGGUUCAUAUUCCAAUAAUUUUUUCAAUUAAUCUGUUUGACCUGUGAAAUGUUAUUAAAUUGUCAUCAGCCCAAGAUGACGUUUUCAAAAUGUCCAGAACCUAAAUAUAUUUACUAUCACAUGACGGUAAGAAAAGCAGCAUAUUAUAUAUAUAUAUAUACACACAAUUUUGCCUGAACAAUUACUCAAACAAUUCAUUGAUUAUCGAAAUAGUUUCAAUUAAUUGACUUAUUGUUUCGGGACUAACACACUGAUGUAUUUGUUCAAUGUAUCCUCAUAAAGACGGUUCUUAUGAUAUCUUACGAAAAGUUAGCCUACAAAUGUCCAGAAACACAAGCGAUCAGUGCCGAACCUGUUCAGGCAACAAAACUACUUGGUUAGGUUUAGAAAAAGAUCGUGGUUUGGGUUAAAAUAAGUACAUUCGUCUUGUGUUUGUUUCACCAUCCAUCCACACCAACCUAGUAGCUAGGUCAUAGCUCUUUAUAUUACGUCGCCUGACUUAAGAUAAACGUUAUUGAUGAAAUUACAUUUUUUUCUCUCUUUUAGUUACUACACACAUUACACACGGGCCCGAAAUACACACAGGCCCAGGAACUAUACAUGCACUAAUGGAGAGAUGUCAGAGUGAGGCCAUGACAGGCGCUCUGAGCAGUUGGGGGUGAAGUGGCACCUUUCCAGCUACCAGUCCACACUCGGUACUUGGUCCGCACGGGGACUUGAAUCGGUGGCCCUCCAGUUCCUAAGCCAAGUCCCUACAGACUGAGCCACGCCAAACUUCCUAGUUAGAGGCAGCCCUGCAUGUGCUGGCUCACGAUUACAGUACGUGGGUAAUAUACAUAUUAAUGUGUGCAUUACUUUUCGUAGGUUAAAGUACAAACAGUAAAUGAGAACAGCCUGAUUUGUUGCAGUGAGGUCAAAGUGGAAGCUAUAAAAAGGCCGUCAAUGAUUUCAUGUCAUUACAGAAUCGCUAGAUUUUCAUUCGCCAAACAAUGAAAAUCUGUUUCUAAUCUUGUGGCAACUGUUUCUCACAUUACUUAUGAAAUAGAGCUGUAAUGUGAACUCAUUUUCCAAUGACACACAGGUGACUUUUGUUAAACAUGCUGAUAAUUUUACCUUGGCAAAUAGCAAUAACAGGACAUGUUGACAAUCAGAUGUAAACAGCUUUGUUUUCCCAUGAAUUUAUUUUCCUACUUCUGUUGCAUUUGCUCAAACUUUAUCUUGCUUGUAUGUCUUUCCUUCGACUUUGAUCCAAGUAAUAGUUUCAGCUACUGUAGAUGUAUCGAGUGCUGCUUGUUGGUCUUUUUGUUUCAAGCCUAAACUAAAUAAAGUUGUCAUAGCUCA